AUGACGCCAUCUCUUCUCACUCCUCACCUCGACGCUCAGCACGUAUCCCCUCUUGCUUUUGAGCCGUCACCGAGAAUAUUCCUUCAACACUCCCACUCGAGUCUCAUCCGUCUACAAAUUCUUCCAAUUGCCUUCGUCUGUGCGGUUCAGACCUCGACAAGGCCCCAGCAACCCAGUCUUCCCUGGACAGAUCACGAUGAGCCCAAGCAACGAGUCCAGCCAAGCUUUCAAACGAAUUCCGACCAUGACUGGAUCCUCUCACAAACCCAAGAUGAACAACCGAACACUAUCCCUGGUCUCGUAUCCGCUCUCUUAGCCAGUGGCCCCGUCACAGCCAGCAAGUCACGGCGACAACCACCAUCCGAGUCAUCUGGCACAACCAGAGCGUCAGUAAUCAUGCCUACCACAAAUAAGAUCCACCAAGAGCACACCCCAAGAUCGGUUUCCAAACACCAAUAUGAUGGAGAUUCUUCUGCGACCGAGCCGCCAAUACAUAGUCCUCAAUCGCUCUCCACAACCGCAAUCUGCAAAGUAAAAACUUUCUCUUACCUCAGCCGCAUACCUCUCUAA